CUUUCUUUAUUUCAUUCUCUGCCGGUUCGGGAGAGGUUUCUUCAGAGGGGUUUGACAUAUACGUGCUGUUAUCAGAUUGAUGGGCUGGUUUGAUUGAAGUGGCUUUGUCAUGCAAAUGUCAGCCGCGUGAUCGAUGAUCGCGGUGCGCUGACAAACUUCUGGAGGUCCCCAUCACCAUUGGCGCCCUGACGGCUCACGUGACCAGCAGCUGAGGUAAAAAAUAAAAAAAAAGUGUUAUAGGGAAUCCCAGGGUGACUUCUCCAGGAGGUGAGCGCUUCUUUUUUUCUCUUCCACAUGACAUACCGAGAGGUUGCAGGGUAGGAGGAAUCCCCCGAAACGCAGGUUGAUCCUCCGUCAUCAAUUUGCGCAUGGAGAAUUCCAAAAUGAACUCUUUCUUAGAGUACUCAAUUUGUAGCCGUGGACCGAACGCCUACUCACCCAAGUCCGGAUACCACCACUUGGACCAAGGCUUCCCGGUCCCUUUUCCUUCGGGCUCCGGCACAACAAGUGAUAACGGUGAUGGACGGCUUUACGUGGCGGGCAGCGCCCAGGCAGUGGUGGCCCAACAUCAGCACCAGAGCAGUAGCUACGCGCAUCAUCAUCAGCCCCAGUCGCAUCAUGCCAACAUGGUCCUUCCAUAUGGCAGUACAGGGACUGCGGGAUACGGGACGGAAGCGUGCGCAAACCCGGACUAUGGACACCCACAAUACUUUAUCAACGAGCAGGACGGGAUGUACUAUCAAUCAACGGGCCUUUCCGCCUCCAAUGUAGGCCCCAACUACGGCUCCCUGGCCGGGGCAUACUGCGGGGCGCAGGGGGCUGUCCCCGCAGCACAGUACCAGCACCACGGCUGCGAGGGCCAGGACCACCAGCGGGGUUAUUUGCAGAGCACCUAUGUUGACAUUUCGGCCUCUCAGGAGAGGGAGAAGGACGCAGAGCAAACACCACAAGGAAAGACUUUCGACUGGAUGAAAGUCAAGAGGAACCCCCCUAAAACAGCUAAAGUGGCUGACUAUGGAAUGGGACCUCAGAACACCAUCCGCACCAACUUUACAACCAAACAGCUGACCGAGCUCGAAAAGGAGUUCCACUUCAGCAAGUACUUGACGCGGGCCAGGCGCGUGGAAAUCGCCGCCACCCUCGAGCUCAACGAAACGCAGGUGAAAAUCUGGUUCCAGAACCGCAGGAUGAAACAGAAGAAGCGCGAGAAAGAGGGCCUGGCCUCAGCCUCGAGCACGGGUUCCUCCAAGGACCUGGAAGACAACUCGGACCAUUCCAGCUCCAUAUCUCCUGGCGCGUCUCCCAGCUCGGAGACCUAAUGGACCAAAUAAACUGCAACUUGCAGACACUGAACUUCAAAGUGAUGAACUCGAAUGAGAAGAACAAGUGAAUUGAUUGAUAAUAAGUCAAAACAUUCCUAUUAUUGCUUGAAAAGACUAUUCCACUCGUUAUGCAACACGUCUGUAAGAGGAGUUUGUUUUGUAUAUGAUUUAAACUCAAAUAAUGACUUCGAAACGCACACUUCGAGGGAGAAAAAACGAGGUGACAAAAGCACAACUGUGGAUGAUGUGCGCAACAUCUUUCUAGACUAGACGUUUCUUUCCACCCCACAAAAUCUGUUUGGAUGUAAAGGGUCGUAAAUCUUCAUACCCACGA